CAUUACAAACAAAAUAUGAAAUCAAUCAAUCAAUCAAUAGGAUACUGCCAUUUAAAAUUCUCUUAUUGGAUUCCGUAUACGAAUGUGGAUAUGGAUAGGAUCAUUCUUCACUAUCUCCAUCUUUAUCUUUCCAUGGAAAAUGAAUCUCACCUCAGGUAACUAAUUUGGAUAAGGAAUUCAAUUGAUUGAAUGUUGACAAUGGCUACUUCGGAAACUGUUCUGCAACGUCUAUCUGUGGCUUUUCCUGGCUUUAGUGGAGCUUUUUCGGUUGAAUCUGCUCUGAAAAAAAGCACAAGAUCAAGAGGAUUGGUUUCUCAUCAUCAUCAUCAAGGGCUCGAGAGUACCAACAGCAAUGGUAGGCCAAUAUCAUCAGUUCCUAAAAAGGCCACACACCAUUCACCACUUGUUGAUGAGUUCAAGGAGAAAAAACCAGAAGCCAAACAUGAAAAAAGGGGAUCGAUUGGUGGAGACAGAUUAGAGAAUGUUAGGGAAAGUAUGAUUGAGGAUGAAGCUUGGAAUUUAAUUCGGGAUUCCAUUGUUUAUUAUUGUAACAAUCCUAUUGGGACAAUUGCUGCUAAUGAUCCUAACAGCACUGGUGUUCUUAACUAUGAUCAGGUCUUUAUCCGUGAUUUCGUACCUUCUGCAAUAGCUUUUCUUUUGAAGGGAGAAUAUGAUAUUGUAAAGAACUUCAUACUUCACACCCUUCAGUUGCAGAGCUGGGAGAAAACUAUGGAUUGCCACAGUCCUGGUCAAGGCCUCAUGCCUGCCAGUUUCAAAGUCCGCACUGUUCCUCUGGAAGGUGAUGAUUAUGCAACUGAAGAUGUGUUAGAUCCUGACUUUGGUGAAGCUGCAAUCGGUCGUGUUGCGCCAGUUGAUUCUGGAUUGUGGUGGAUUAUAUUGCUGCGAGCAUAUGGAAAAAGCUCCGGAGAUCUCUCACUGCAAGAGAGAGUUGAUGUGCAGACAGGGAUAAAAAUGAUUUUGAAGCUGUGUCUUGCUGAUGGUUUCGAUAUGUUUCCAACUUUGUUGGUCACGGAUGGAUCUUGCAUGAUAGACCGUCGUAUGGGAAUUCACGGCCACCCGUUGGAGAUUCAGGCACUGUUUUAUUCAGCUCUACUUGGUGCUCGUGAGAUGCUUACUCCAGAGGAUGCAUCAGCUGACCUGUUAGAGGCACUCAACAACCGUCUAGUUGCUCUGUCCUUCCAUAUCAGAGAAUACUAUUGGAUUGAUUUGAGCAAACUCAAUGAAAUUUACCGAUACAAUACAGAGGAGUACUCAUACGAGGCUGUCAAUAAGUUCAAUAUCUAUCCUGAUCAGAUUCCUUCAUGGCUGGUGGAGUUUAUGCCAAGUAAAGGAGGCUAUUUGAUUGGAAACCUGCAGCCAGCUCACAUGGACUUUCGUUUCUUUUCUCUUGGAAACUUAUGGUCCAUUGUAAGCAGUAUUGCAACACUAGAUCAGUCACAUGCCAUAUUGGAUCUCAUUGAAUCGAAAUGGUCUGAACUAGUUGCAGAGAUGCCUCUCAAAAUAUGUUAUCCUGCUCUUGAAGGACAGGAAUGGCGAAUCAUAACAGGAAGCGAUCCGAAGAACACUCCUUGGUCUUACCACAAUGGAGGCUCUUGGCCUACAUUGCUAUGGCAGCUUACUGUGGCAUGCAUAAAGAUGAAUAGACCUGAAAUUGCCAUAAAAGCCGUCAAGGUAGCUGAAAAACGCAUCGCCGGUGACAAGUGGCCCGAAUAUUAUGACACCAAACAAGCCCGAUUUGUUGGAAAGCAGGCGCGUCUAUUUCAAACUUGGUCGAUUGCUGGAUAUCUUGUGGCGAAGCUCCUUAUAGCCAAUCCAACUGCAGCAAUGAUCCUUGAGAAUGAAGAAGAUUCAGAGCUCGUGAAUGCCUUCUCUUACAUGAUCAGCACUAAUCCGAGGAAGCGACGAGCAUUGAAAAAACAAAGCUUUAUUGUAUGAAACUGCAUGUGUUUUGAGAUUCAGUGGAGGAGAGAUGCCUCAACAAUUUUGAAGCCACUACUACUAGAGGGGAUAGAGGCAUUUGAUCUCAACAAUUUUGAAGCCACUAAAGUUGCAUCCAAACACAUUUGGUCACUAAAGUACCGAGUGAAAACCAAGGACGACAUGUAUUUUAUUACUUCGGAUUAUGAUUUCAUUGUAAACUUAAGAGCCAAUAAUUUUCUUUAAAAACUAGUUGGUUAAUGAAAAAAAAAUGGUCCUGUUGUAGUAUAAAUAUGAAAUCCAAUUAAGAGAAUUGUUUAUUGGAAUAUUGCUCCUCUAACAAAAUAUAUACUUCAUUCUUCGAUGGCAA